CUUUUUUAUGGACUUGGAGGUGUUUUUGCCCCGAUUUGCUCCCGGGAUGUCCCUGCAGAGGCACUUUUUGAACAUCCCUUUGUUCCGUGAAUUGGAACCCGGGGAACUGAAACACUCCCAAGAAAUUCCGCCUGGAGCUGGACAGAACCUGCCCCCGGAAGGAGCUGCUCUGCCUGUCCCACAUUCCCAACAGCUCCAGGCCCCCGGACUGGGAAUUUUCCUCCCCAGUCCCCAAAACCGCUCGGAAUUCCCGUUAUUUCUCCCCUUUUUGUGGCCGGAUUCGGAGCCGGAAAUGUCUAAAAAGCAGAACACAAAAGAUCCCUCGGGAUUUAUCUUUGAUGUUCAGUCCAACACUGUGAUGGCCCAGGGAGGGACCUUUGAGAACAUGAAGGAAAAGAUCGGAGCUGUCCGAGCGAUCGUUCCCAACAGGAGCAACAACGAGAUCGUCCUGGUCCUGCAGCACUUUGACAACUGUGUGGACAAAACAGUCCAGGCCUUCAUGGAAGGGAAUGCCAGUGAGGUGCUGAAGGAAUGGACUGUGACAGGCAAAAAAAAGAACAAAAAGAAGAAACCCAAACCCAAACUUCCCAGUGGCUCCAGCUCUGCCCUCCCAGCCCCUGGAAAACCAGUUCCUCCUGGAGAGGAGACCCCGGGAAACUGGGAGAAGGGGGGGAUGAACGGAUUCCACGUGAACGGCUGCACCCAGGACACGGAGUCUGUGGAUUCCCUGAGCGAGGGCCUGGAUGGGAUGUCGAUGGAUGGCAGGGAAGUGGAUGCAGAGCCCGGCCUAAGGAAUGGACUGUCCGGCCCUGACCCCCCAAGGCUCCCCAUCCCUCCCCCCAGGGCUCUGCCCACCCCCCACUCCGACCCCCGGGAAGAGGCUCCGGUGUCACCCCCCGGCAGGAAAAUGGGGUCGAACAUCGAGAAGUCGGUGAAGGACCUGCAGCGCUGCUCCGUGUCCCUGGCGCGGUACCGGGCCCUGCUCAAGGAGGAGAUGGACACGUCCAUCAGGAAGAUGAAGCAGGUCUUUGCUGAGCUCCAGAGCAGGUGGGUGGGAGUUUGGGGAUGGAUCCUGCUCCUGGGAUGGCUGGAAUUGGUUGUCCAGCGGGGUUUUGGCUGCACCACCCUCUGGGAGUGUCCCAGGGUGGUGGGAGUGGAGAUCCUGGUGGGGAGGCAGAGGAGGGCGGAGGCCCUGCGGAAACUCACGGACGGGGCCGCGCGGAUGUCGGAGGAGCAGCUGCUGGAGCUCAGGGCUGACAUCAAGCACUUUGUGAGCGAGCGCAAGUACGACGAGGAGCUGGGCAGGGCCGGCAGGUUCACCUGCGACCUGGAGGGGCUCAAGAGGAGCAUCACCUGCUUCGGCCAAGUGUCCCACCCCAAGACCAGCUAUUCCAGCCGCUCCCGCUGCAGCUCCGGCCCCCCCGGGGCCCCCCCGGGCCCCCCCAGUGCCUCCCCCACCCCCAGCACGGCCGGGAAAGCCCCGGGACCCCCCGAGGGGGCUCUGGGGGACACGGGGGGGGGACGGCCCCGGCCCCCCCGAGAGCCUUCCCAGCGGAUCCGGAGGGCGGAAGGAGGACCCCGAGCCCCGACCCCGCGGCACAACGGCCCCCCCGAGCCCCCCAACAGCGGGACCCGGCCCGGCCCCCGCAACCCUCCAACCCCGGGCCCCCCCACAGCCCCCCGGGGGGGGCUCCCCCCGCGGAGACCCCGCAAGAGCCACCCCAAGGGAGCAAAUUCCUGAGGAAAACUCUGGGAUCCUGACAGGGGUCCCAGCCACGUUUACAAUUCCCGUUCUGUGCCAUCUCCCCUCCUUUUUACCCCUUUCUCCCCCCCAUCCUCGUCUGUUCCAUGUUGUCCCAUCGGGAUUUGGGGGCUCAGGACCCCCCCAGUGCUGCCAUGCCCCCCCCCCUUCUCCUUCUUCUCCAUCCCAAAAAUCCCUCGCGCUGGAAGCGAGGAGGAGCGGGGGGAGGAGGGGCCUCUGACCCCCCCAGGAUCUGGAAUGUUCUCCUCUGGGAACUGGGGAGUCCCCUCUGUCUCCCCCAAAUCUGGGAUGUCCCCUGAGACCCUCUGGGAUCUGAGGUGUCCCCUCUGUGUCCCCCCAGGAUCUGGAAUGUUCCCUGUGGGAUCUGGGGUGUCCCCUCUGACCUCUCUGUGACUGAGGGGGGUCCUCUCUGUGUGUGCUGGGAUUGGGGGGGGGUCCCCUCAGCUGCACAUUUCUGCUUUUUCCCUGGAUUUUCUUUGGGGAAUUUCCUUCAUUCCCAUCCCAGUUCCUUCCCCCCCCAAAAUCCCCUUCACAGCAACACCCGGGAGCAAAUCCCAGACAUUCCUGGGAACAAGGACAGUAAAUCCAAAUGGGGGAGGGCUGGGGGGGUCCCCAACUUUUCUGUCCCCCCCCCCUUUUUCCAUGUUUUUUUUCCAAGUUUGAUUUUUUUUUCUUCUCUUUAAUUAAUUACAACUUCGG